CCAGGUCUCUCUUUCCUCUGCAGUUGCUUCCAUGUUACGUGUCAAAGAGGAAGAUUGUUGCUAUGAGGAUUCUAAGGUCCGGGUGUCGCUAUCAGUUUCUAAAUUGAUGGACUUGGUGGUUGAUCAGUUUGGCGGGCCAGUGCAGUAUAUUGAACAAACAAUGACAGAGAAUGGGGAUCGCAAAAAAUCGAAAAACCAGUUUGGUAAAUGGUUGAGUUCUGAACUAAGCCAGACGCCCGAUGUUGAGUAUGUUGAUUUGAACAAUGCAGUGGCACCCGACCCUCAGUGGGCAAGCGUGUGGCACUUUGGUUACGACCGGGAUGCAUCAACGAAACCGCCCCCAUAUGCCAUCACGUGUAAAGCAUUGGCUGCAGAGAUUGGCAAAGAUGGGUGUGUUACAGAGAAUGAGCCACUGCGAGCGUUCCCCCGCGCGCAGGACAAGGAUUACUUCAACCUGGGCUUUGUGGAAGGAGCUGCUCGCUUUGCUGUUCUUCUCGCGCCUCUCGUGUGGUUGUGGAAGCAGCCAGUGGCACAGACUGUUGCUGAUGUGUUCCCGUUGCUUUUUCAGAGUGCUCGCCGUGUCCGCGUGGUGGUCGAAGGACACGUCACUAUGACUGCAAUUGCACUGCGCAACGCGACGCUAUCCCAGCGGGGCUCCAUCAGGAAGGCGCGCGAUGCUAUCACGUGGGUUGGGAAACUUCAAAUGCUCAAACGAUCCGGCCAGGACCCAUCCCAGGUCAUCAAGACAUAUAACGGCAUGGCAAGUUCAAAUGCUCAGCUCAGCGGUGGGAAACGCGUGUCUGUGUUGGCGCUCGUGUCUUUGGGUCAGGAGGCAAUCGAUGUCGUUCUGAACUGCGUUAGUACCUUGGGAUUCGAGCACUCCCCCUGGACUGAUGAUGCGUGGUCUAACCAAAAAAUCAUGCCUGGGCACGUGCCGCGCCUCGCUGGCAAUGAGGUGUGGUCGAAGCGCUUGGCAGUGACUGACGAGAGUUUCUUGGUGAUGGUACGCUGGCAGAGCAACAUGCAGAAGGAUAAGCUCCCCGGUGUCAGGCGCGAGCUUGAUAAAUCAUCCAUGGAGGAGGCUGCGCAAUUAUGCGCGAUGGUUCUGUCGUUGUCCAAGGAGUUGUGCAGCCAAUGCCCUGUUCCGUUUUCGAAGAUGGAGGAGGUGCUCCUGAUUCCAUUCAUCAAGGGGAGGGACGCUAACAUGUUGGUUGCUUUGCAGGGUCUCUUGCGCAGCAAGCCCCAGGGCCCUGUGAAUGAGCUUCACCCGCUAUUCGAGGAGGUGGUUGCUGCCCAUGUGGAUGCCAGCGACGUUUCGCUUACAGGUGUUGCCGAGGGUGAACUGAUUCAGGCUGAUAUUGAGAAAACUGAAUACGACCUCUUCGAACAAAAAAUUUCUGCCGACCUGGAUGCCCGCAGCGUGUGCGCGCGGAAGACCAGGACCAACGCAGCCCGGGUGUCUGCUCAGGAGCGCCAGUGGUGCAAUCGCCGGUUCCAGGCAGCCUCGGAGGUCGUUCAGCAAGAGCUCAACAAGGUCAUCGCAAUCAGCGAGUUCAACAAGGGCGACCUUGCUGGCGAGUUCAAAAUGUAUAUUGAGCAGAGCCGGAUUUGCACUCCGUUGAGCAAGCGGUUGAAGGAUUCGUGUUGGAAGACAUCAGGUCUUUUCAGUCAGGCUGCGCUCGUUGGGCCGGUCAAGGCUAUGAAAACAGUGGACAUGGAAAUGAUCAGCGAUGUUUCGGAAGCUGCUUUGCCACCAACUACAGACCAGCACGCGCAUAUUGUCCCUGCACAGAAGGUCAUGCAUAUUGGAUUCGAUGCGUGCAAGGCCAUCCUGCAUGCGUGCCUGGACAGCCUGAAGGUGCCGGAUGCAAACAUUAGUCUGAUCGAUUUGUUCCCCCACACUGGCGACAUGAUCAAGAUGUUCCUACUCUCCCAGGCAGAUGUCACAUGCCCAAUGCACAUGCACGCGAUUGCGGCCUCGGAUGUGGAGGUGGCGUGGCUCUUGGAGAACAUUGCAGUCUGGGCGCGCGAGAAACUCAUGGAUGGCAGUCUGAAGAUCCGCGGAGCUACACCACUACCAGAGGAGAUGCCCCGGGACAUGCUUGAGGCUGAGUUGCCGCUUCCGCAGCUUCAUGUGUGCACGUGGAACUCUUCAGUCAAAGUCGAUGGUUUUGCCGCUCUAUCGUUGUCUGAGCAGCUCGUGGAUAAAUAUCUCAGCAGCCCUGGCCCGAGCAUCAAGAUCCCAUUCGAGAAGUUGUGGGAGUCUGCCAACAUGUUCGUUAAUGUGAAGGAGGGGGCUGCGUCUUCGAGCACCCCUGUCAAGCGCAAGGACCUGCCAAUGGUUGGAGCGAGCCCGCCAGAUCCCAAGAAGCCCAAGUUGGAGAGCAUGGAUGUUUGUAGCGAUGGUCUGAUUCCAAUCUCUGAUAUGGCUUCGGAGACUUGCUCUGCCACGCUUCCGGGAUCCAGUGAUGUCCUCAUGAAGGAUGGCCCCAUCGAUGAGGACCCGGCGCGGCAGACACUCACAAUGAAGCACGACAUGGUCUGGAACGUGGAAGAAGGGGCCCCUGUCAAGCAUGAGGAUGGCGAAGUUGCCACAAUGGACUACAAGCAUGUGGCUGGCGCAGUGCCCUCGCAUCUCUGGGGCACUACUUCAUCGAGGAUUGUUUGGGCCAUGAGGUGGACUAUGAGUGGGCUUGCCCCAGUGCGUCCACAUGUUGCUCUGAUCAAGUCGGUCAAAGUGACUGCAGGCGCGGCCCUGCCGAUCACCAAGGGCCAGCCGGCGAAAGACAUCGCGGCGCAAGAGUCUGCAGCCAAAUCUCAUGCGUGGUCAGAGGCUGUCAGUUCCAAGGUGAAGCCUGUCAUUCCCCGAGACAAGUCAUUGCACAUCUCGCAGCAGAUCGCCCCGCAGUCUGCGUGGCUCAGCAAAGGCAGCAACAGCGGGGCUGCGGACAGCAGCAAAGGCAAGCCGGUGCCGCGCCCGUCGCAGACUCCGACGCUGCCGCACAGUCACACGGCGGCCGCGGCGCCGGCAGCCUCGGACGGCGACGCCCCGAACCCGAAGUCUGAGAUCGUCAUCUUCGAGGGCCCCCAGGACAUGGGCGAUGGGAACCUCAGCAGUGUGAAGCGCCAGCGGACCAGCAACUACGACAUCGGCAUGCCAGAGAGGAGCGGCGGGUGCCAGACCAGGCUCCUCCAGGCGCAGGCCGACUUCGGCUUCCUCGCCGCCGAAGCUUGGAAACUAGCCCGCAAACGGAGCCCACUCGAGGGCGGCGCCGCGUUUCAGGAAGCCGCGGAAAGGCUGGCGGAGGCCGCCGAGGCGGCCGGGCGCGCCGCCACGGGCGCGGCUGGGGCCGCCGCCAGUGGGCUGCUCACGCAGUCAGAGGCAGAGGCCUGCAGGGUGGGUUUCGAGCAGCACGCAUCUUCGCCCGGCCUUGCCUCGGAGAGACUGAGUAAGCAGCACCCCCUGAGCCUGUCAGCGCGGGCCAGGCUCGGGCCCAUUUGCUGCUCCGAGGCGACCCCGGAGUCGUUCCUCGCGGCGAUCAGCACCUGCGCGGAGUCCAGUCAGUAUACCGAGGCCUUGGACCUCUUGGGGCAGAUGCCAGCGGCGGGUGUUCCCGUGGACGUCACGUGCUACAACGCAGUGCUCCGCGCCUACGUGAACGGGAACCAGCUGGAGUGGGUCCUGUCGCUGUUCGGGGACAUGGCCCGGGUCGGCCUCGUGCCAGACGUGGAGACCUACAAUCUCGUCCUCGCCGCCUGCGAGAGCGCCGGGCAGUGGCAACACGCACUCCACUAUCUCGAGGGCAUGCGCUCCGCGGGUUUGCAGCCAGACGAGCAGACCUUUGCCUGCGCCGUGGGCGCGUGCGCGAGUGGCGAUCAGUGGCAGUGGGCCGUCCAUCUCGUCACGGACAUGCAGAAGCAGGGCGUUGUGCCCACCCACGCCACUUUCAGCACCGCGAUCGCGGUCUGCAGAAGGUGCGAGCAGGCGGAGUGGGCCGAGGCACUCACGGGUCAGAUGCAGCAGGCAGGCGUCGCAGAGGCCCCCGCUGCGCCGCCCGAGCCGCGGGAGGGCAGAACGUGGGUCAACAGGGUGACGGCGCUGCAGGACCACGGGACCGACCUGGAGAAAGCGAGGUGGAACGUCUACUGCGACUUAUACGGCGACAAGCAGAACCAUCCCGCGGAGCACGACGACGCGUUCCUGGAGGGCUUCUUCAAUCUGCUUAGCGCCUGGCCGACAGACGCAGACCCGGAUCUCGACGCAGAGUCGCACGGGGUUCUGGCGAUGAGGGUUUUGGAUCUGUAUUAUGGCGGCACCCCAAAGCAGAAGUUCAGGUGGGAGCGAUUUUGUGAGCUGCAGUCCAGAGGCGGGAGGGAUCCUCUGCGUCAGCACGACGCCCAGUCCUUGCGACAGUUCUUAGAGCAAGAAGCCGCUGCUGCAGCCUCGGGCGAGGAGACGAAGGCGGUGGCCCCCGCGGAGGAGGAGGAACCUUCAGAGCCACUCAGCAUGGACUCGAUCUGCAAAGAGCUGGCAAAGUUCCAUGACCCGGCGCGCCUGUUCGAGGAGGCUCUAUCACACGGCGCGUUCAGCAUCCACUCUGCAGGCGAAGGUCGUUUGGGCAAUGUCGUGGACCUGCACGGCCUCAGCGAAGAUGUGGCCAAGGUAGCAAUGUAUUACGUGUUGAGGAAGGUGCUUCUUCUCCCACGAGACAAUCCAGCUUUGCGCGAAGGCAUGACUGUGGUCGUCGGCAAAGGUUUGCACAGUGAAGACGGGGAACGGGUGCUCGGACCUGCCGUCCACAAGUUCUUGCGGGAGUAUUUGCUCUUCGAGCUGGAGCCGUUAGAGGACGAUAUGGGUGUCAUCACGCUUCGGGCAAUUGAGAUCAGACGAGUGCAUGGUGAACAUCCAUUUUGGGUAGCCGAGCGGGAGAAGCUGGCGCUCGGAGCGUGA